ACAUUUUAAUUAGAUCAAUUAUUGUCAAAUCUAUGAAUAAUUAUUGAUUAUUGAUUUCCAAUUAAAACUAUUUAUAUCUGAAUUUGACCUACUAACCGAGUGAGCAAUUAGUAUAAAAAGAGUGUUCAAACUUCGAUCAACAUUCAGUUUCAAAAUGGAAUCUUGUAAAGCUUGUGGUUUUGGUGCUAAAGCUGAUUUCGAUCAAUAUACCAUCGAUUAUUAUGAAAGUAUUGGUUAUCAAACCUGUUACUCUGAAAAGUAUAGGACUCCACAGGAACGAAUGGAAUCAUAUGUCAAUUGGCCUAAACCAGAAUUGGAUAUAAAAAAGUUGGUAGAUGCCGGAUUUUUCUACAGGGGUGUAAGAGAUUUAGUAUCUUGUUUCCAUUGUGGCCUCAACGUACAUGAAUGGCAGCCAGAUGACGAUCCAUUAAUCGAGCACUUGAAGUAUAACUCCAAAUGUGACUAUCUAUACGUAAAAUGUGGUACAAUGUUCUUGGCUAAGACAUGCUAUGAUCUUAAAGGAGAGUUACCAUUAGCUGAACUAUCAAGAACCGAAAUUAAUCGAUACAACUGUAAAGUUUGUAAAGAGAUGGAGGUUGGAUGUAUCUUCUAUCCAUGUGAACAUGCAGUAGCAUGUACAAAUUGUACUGUCAAGCUCUCGAAAUGUCCGAUAUGUGAUCGUCUAAUCAGAAAAGUAUUAAGGUUAGCUUUACUGAUUAAUCUUUCAUUUAACGAGGAUGACUCUUUGUGA